AUGCCAACCAAGAAAACAAUAGGUGCAGAAAAAGCCGCGGAUUCAAUAUCGGAAUGCCUAUCAGUGUGUGCAGAGAAUAAACGGCAGGUAGCCGAGGCAAGAGGGCAACCUGUGCAGCCCCCUUUGCUUAUGGCGGCUUACAACUGUAGCUCCGCAGACGAUUUCUUUCUAGAGAUUCUUAAAAAAAUACGCUCUAGCGAGCUGGAGGCAGUGCUGCUGCUGCUGCCGUUCAGCGCGGCAUGA